AUGAAUUUCUGUAAAUCUACUUCUACCCAUUCUAUAAAUACUUCAUUUUUCUUCUUCUUCACUAACAUAUGAAACAAACCAAGCAAAGCAUAAUUCACAGUAGUAUACUAUAGUGCUCUAAAAUAAUAUUUGUUACAUAAGUUUUUAAGAAAAUGAAGAAGUUUUCAGUACCAACUCUAUUUCUCAUUUCUAUCGUUUUAAGUUGUGUCUUCUUUGAGAUUGCUGAUGCUGCUGUAUCAGCUCCUGCUUCUCCUCCUAUUCAAGCACCUCCUGGAGUGCCAGCAAUCUGUGUGAGCAAAUGCGCGUAUAGAUGCUCAAGGAAUCCCAGAAAUUUGUGUAAAAAACUAUGCAUGUCUUGCUGUGCAUCAUGUAAGGGAUGCGUUCCAUCUGGCCCUUUUGGCGACAAAAACCAAUGCCCUUGCUACAGAGACAUCAAGAACAACGAGGGAGAAUCUAAGUGUCCUUAAAGAGUGUUUGUAAUACAAUUAUAAGACAAUCCGAGUAUCGUAUGUUGUUUGAUUACAUACUGGAGUACUAAAUUAAGGUGGUCAUAUUAUAAAUAUGACCAUAGAAAAUCUAAUGAUUUAGAAUGAUUUUAGAAUAAAAAUUGUGAAUCUGGAAUCAUUUUGUAUCACUAGAUUGUUGUCAUUUGGCAAUAUAUAUAUCUUCUAUAUAUUUAGGUCAUUAUCAUUAUAUUAUGAUUUAAUGAGUUGUCUUUAUAGAAUAUAUAUUUUAGUUGGAUAUUGUUGUGGCACUUAUUUUGUUUACUUAUGAUAAUGGGUUUUAUGAGAAUUUGUAAUUUGUAUUUGAUGUUAAUAAAGUUGGUUUUGCCUAUUUUAUUA